UGAAAACCAAAGGUUUUAGCGUAGGUAGAACCCGCCCACAACAACUCAAAAACCCAGAACUGAGAACUGAAAGCUGAGAGAGAGAGAGAGAGAGAGAGAGAGAGAGAGAUGUGUGGAAUAGCUUUGAUCAUCUCUGGAACUUGUAUUGACUUGUCAUCUCUGCUUCUCGACUCUGUACCUUCAGCCUCCUCUACUUCCAUUGAUGACCAACUGGUAUUCUCGAUAGAUGAUCUUAAAGCAGCUCUAGGGAGGAGGGGUCCUGAUAGCUUGGGUAGCAAGAAGGUUUUCCUUUAUUCAAAGACUUCAAGCUCCAUUGAGGAGCGAGAAAUUGUAUCCUUCACUGGUGGAGAAGAGGCAAAAGAAAGGGACGAGUCCUGUUCACAACGUGUUGAGGAGAAAAAUGAUUGUUGCUUUGAUACACAUGGACAAACUCAUGAGGUAGAGAAUGGUUUUAGCAUGUCCAAUGUUGUGGCAGAACUUCACUUUAUUGGUGCCACAUUACAGCUCCGGGGGAUAAAUCCUAUUGUUCAGCCCUUGAUGGAUACAUAUGGGAAUAUUUUUGUGUAUAAUGGAGAAAUAUUUGGAGGAAUUAACAUUGAUAGUGAUAGCAAUGAUACUGAAAUUCUAAUGCAAGCUCUUGGAAACUGCUGCUCGUGCAAUUCCCAUUUGCACACAAGAACAAGCUACUGUCUUGAAAAAGGAAAAAGUUCUGUUCCAGAGGUUCUCUCUACAAUUAAGGGGCCAUGGGCUGUCAUCUAUUGGCAGGAAAGUUCAAGAACCCUGUGGUUUGGUCGAGAUGCAUUUGGCAGACGGAGCCUUCUUGUUCACUGGCCUACUUUGGAGGACCAUCGGUUCCUGCUAUCUUCUUUAUCACCAUUUUCUUCCACUGAGGAGAGUUCUGGCUUUGAAGCUGAAAAUGAAAUUAACAACCACAAUUUCUGGGAAGAGCUUACAUGUGGGAUAUACAGCAUAUCUUUUGAUGCUCCAAAAUUGGAUGGGUGCCUGGUUGGUAAGGUCAGAAAACAUGAAUGGACAAAUUCCAUGCUAAAAGAACUGAUUGUUUGGGAGAGAACUUCUGUUGAACCAAAACCCGAAGAUUUAUACUCUUCUCAUGGCAAGACUCUUAUGGAGCAACAUGAUGUGCAUUCAGCUUGUUCAAAUAUAUUGCCAUCCAAAUCAGGGCCCAUCCAAGCUUCAAUUUCAGGGAUGGCAGAGACUGUACUGUUUGCUUUAAGGGAAUCUGUGAUGCGGCGCACUUCACUGCAUAGAAUAUUUAAGGCAGUUACUUGUGAUAUAAGACAAGAGGUACUCACACCAGUGGCAGUUCUUUUCUCUGGAGGAUUAGAUUCUAUGAUACUUUCAGCAUUACUAGAUGAAUGCCUUGAUCCCAGCUAUGAGAUUGAUCUACUUAAUGUGAGUUUUGACGGUCAGUCUGCUCCUGAUAGAAUCUCUGCCAAGGCAGGAGUAAUGGAGUUGAGAAGAAUUGCACCCUUGAGAAGGUGGAAACUUGUAGAGAUUGAUGCUGAUUUAUCAACAUUGGACCUUGAAACAAAGCACGUCAUGUCACUAAUAAAUCCUGCAAAUACUUAUAUGGACCUGAAUAUAGGAAUAGCUUUAUGGCUGGCUGCUAGAGGCAGUGGCUGGGUGUAUGAAGGAAAUAACAAUAAUUUUGAUAAGGAUCUUCAGUGCAAUGAACGUGUUAAAUACAAGUCAAAGGCCAGGAUUGUCCUUGUUGGUUCUGGUGCUGAUGAGCAAUGUGCUGGAUAUGGUAGGCAUAAAACAAAAUAUCGAAAGGGAAGUUGGCUUGGGCUACAUGAGGAAAUGAAAUUGGACAUGCAAAGAAUUUGGAAGAGAAACCUAGGAAGAGAUGACAGAUGUAUUGCUGAUAAUGGGAAGGAGGCUAGAUUUCCUUUCUUGGAUGAAGAUGUUAUAAGGACUUUGCUUGAUAUUCCUCUGUGGGAGAUUGCCAACCUUGAUCAACCUAGUGGAAUUGGUGAUAAAAAGAUUCUGAGAGAGGUUGCUCGAUUGCUUGGUUUAUAUGAAGCAGCAGUUCUGCCCAAAAGAGCAAUUCAGUUUGGUUCAAGAAUUGCGAGGGAGUCAAAUCGAAAGAAUUUUGGUAGUAACCGUGCGGCAAAUCAGGCGUCUGCUGGAAGUGCAGUAAUUCAAUUGCCAUCAAACUUGACUUAAUACCGCCCUUGGGUUAAUUCUUCGCAUGUGUUCCUCUCUUUCUUUCUGGAGCUUUGAUCUGCUUCAAUCUGGAGUUCCUGCAUUUUUGGUCUCGGCUCUAUAAAUGAAUGAUGACAAUGAGCCAUCACCAACAUUGUUUUUGUGCACAUGCACACAGAUCUCCGUUCCUCCAGCAUCAUAAAGCACCUUAUUACUUUGUAACUAGAAUUUAAAUGAUUUUUUUGUAUGAAUUGAGAUUCGAGAAGAUAUAGUCUUUUUAAUUGAUCCUGAGUUAUUCUUUAA